AAGGAGGUUGUCCGCAUAUAGUGAGACUUUCUGCUCUAAGCCCGCCCUGAGGAUCCAUGCAAUGAAUUUGGGAAUAAAGCCAAAUCUAUGAAGGGCAGCUGUUAGGUAGUCACUCCCACUCGACACGGUCAAAAGCUUUUUCCGCAUCGACCAAGACCACUACCAGCCUGGUGAAGUUGACGAAGGAGAGGGCAAGUGACAGUCUUCCUGGUGUGAGAGCGAUAAGAGAGGCAGUCAGGAUGAGUGGAGCUGCGCUGGGCAUUGAGAUAGUGGUGGUGUUCUUCCUGGCUCUGUUCCUGCUGCAUCGCUAUGCAGACUUCCGUAAGCAGCAGAGGAUGGUGCUGUUUGGCACCUUGCUGGCCUGGUACCUGUGUUUCCUCAUCGUCUUCAUUCUUCCUCUGGACAUCAGUACGACAAUCUACAAGCAAUGUAAGAUUGAUCAUGAAGAACAUGCCUCCGUAUCCCCGGUGACCCCACUGCUCUCCAAUCAAACUGCAGGAAACGCAACUACGGCCACACCCACUAAAAGUGUUCCAAAGGUGUGUUACAAGCCAUGGAGCUAUAUUCCGGAUGGAAUCAUGCCUGUGUUCUGGAGGGUUGUUUACUGGACAUCUCAGUGUCUCACCUGGCUGCUUCUGCCCUUCAUGCAAUCGUAUGCACGCUCGGGGGGCUUCUCCAUCACUGGGAAAAUAAAGACUGCACUGAUAGAGAACGCCAUUUAUUACGGGACAUACCUGCUCAUCUUUGGAUCGUUGCUUAUCUAUGUGGCCGUACACCCUCAGUGGCACCUCUCCUGGUAUGAGCUGCAGACAAUAGGUAUCACUGCAGCCAACACCUGGGGCCUGUUCCUGCUGGUGCUGUUGCUGGGUUAUGGCCUGGUGGAGAUUCCGCGUUCCUAUUGGAACGCCUCGCGGCGGGGACACCUGCUCAUCAAGACCUACUUCAAGGCAGCCAAGCUGAUGACAGAGAAGGCUGAUGCAGAGGAGAACCUAGAGGAUGUCAUGGAGGAAGUGAGAAAAGUCCAAGAAUCAAUCAAGUAUAACCACCCACUGAGGAAGUACAUCGAUACUAUUCUUAGAAAGUGCCCUGUGGAGUACCAGGAGAAGAUGGGCAGAAACAUGGAUGACUAUGAGGACUUUGAUGACAAACAGAACACCUAUCCUAGUGAGAAGAACCUGGUGAAGCUUCACAAACAGGUGAUCUACGCAGUGCAGAGGCACAACAGGACCCAUGUCCAGUGGCAGAUCCUCCUGCAGCAGGCUAUGCACCUGGAGGACGUGGCCAAGAAUGAGACCAGCUCAGCCCACCAGUUUGUCCACAGCUUCCCCUCCACAGAACCAACUAGCUGGCUCAGCCCAUACUUAUACACUCCUACUGUAGAGUGGUACUGGGAGUGCCUGCUGAGACAGUGGUUCUACCGGCUGCUGGCUGUGGUACUGUCUCUGUUCUCUGUGGGUGUGGUGUGGUCUGAGUGCACCUUCUUCAGCAUCCACCCGGUCCUCUCACUCUUCGCUGUCUUCAUCCAGCUCGCUGAGAGAGACUACAACUAUUUGUACAUCGAGAUGGCGUGCUUCAUCACCAUCUUCUUCCUGUGUACCUGCGUUUACUCCACUGUGUUCCGGAUCCGAGUGUUCAACUACUACUACCUGGCCUCACACCACCAGACUGACGCCUACAGCCUGCAGUUCAGUGGCAUGCUGUUCUGCCGUCUGACCCCUCCUCUGUGUCUGAACUUCCUGGGUCUGAUCCACAUGGACUCUGCCAUCUCCCACCAACUGAAGGAGCAGACGGCCUACACCUCUAUCAUGGGUUCUAUGAGGGUCUUAUCGUUCAUCGCUAAUGGUUUCUAUAUCUACUACCCCAUGCUUAUAUUGCUGCUAUGUAUCGCUACCUACUUCAGCCUGGGUACCCGCUGUCUGAACCUCCUGGGCUUUCAGCAGUUUGUGGGAGACAAUGAAAUGACCUCUGACUUGAUUGAUGAGGGCAAGGAGCUCAUUCGACGAGAGAAAAGAAAGCGCCAAAGGACAGAGGAUGGAGAGAACCGACGAAGGGAGUGGAAGGAGCGCUAUGGUAACACGCGGGAGGACACCGCCAGGAACAGGAAUAGAAAUGAAGCAGCAGAAAUGACGGAGACUAACUACUCUGAUACUGUCCCUAUCCCUAACACUAACCCUAACAGACAGGCGAAGUACUCUCGGACUGGCAGAGGAACAGAGAGAGACUCUAUAGAACUUCUCGAGGACGCGGAGCCUUUGGACUUCAAUGCAGAGACAGUUUCAGACGACCCUCUUGAAGCAGACUCCACCAGGCAUGUACCAGGCAGGUACCUGUCCAUGUCCUCGUCACGGAGCAGAAUCUUUGAUGAUGUUUGAGAGGAGUAGCGAGGGAGAGUCGAAGGAACAGGAAAGCUAAAUAUUGCACAUACAUUUUCAUCCUCCACUCAUCCACCUUGCAGGGAAGACAAUACGAAGGAGAGACGCUCUCUCAACCUCUGUGAAUGUAGCACAUGACCUCUAUCUUCCUCUACACUAUUGGCAUGAUGUAUCUGCUGCCCCUCAUCUCCAAUAGCUUGUCGCCUGUCAGAACACUCCAGUGGCUGUUGAUAUACACUUCCCCAUCAGGCAGAUAGAGGUCCUCCCCUGUGCCAGCCAGUGUGCAGCAUGUCAUGAAUGCAAAUCCGUACCCCAUUUGGGUUCAUCACUGUUUCUCAUCCGUUAAACCACGUCAUCAUUUCUGUUAUUACUUAUGCAUGAAUUUCCGUUCAAGGUCCUCUUCGCGUGGUACCCCCUGUGAUCUUUACAAUGUAUGUAUAAAGUGUGUCUUCCCUCAAAAAUAUGGUUGAUGGGCUGAGUACAUUGUUAAUCAUUUUGAUGAGAAGAUAAGUAAUUACUACUAAUUAAGUAUCUUUUUGGAGGAAGACAUAUUUAUACAUUAUGAAGUUGUAUUUAACCCCUGGAAAGAAGAAAUAGUGGAACAAAUGAUCAAUGUUUCAAUGAAUUAGUAUUUUGUUGCCAGUCUUAUAUUAUUCUGGUAUAUGGAUGGAAGGACAGUUCCUUCGGUCUGUUUCUGAAGCUGCUACCAUAGAAACUGAGUGUACAGUGUAUAGACCUAUAGUCCUCGAUUUAAUGUGCAAUCUAUGUGAUCCAGCCCACACUGAGUUAACUGAAUUAACACAUAGUGUUUGUACUGCCCAUAGAGCUAAAUCCUAACUUGAGAUGCAGUAUGUGUUCUUAUCGUGCACGUGAAUUGAUGUGAGAUCUGUGAAAAUCGGAUCUCAAGUUGGAAUUCGGCCCAUAAUGCUAGCGAUGCAAUUGAUGGAGGUCAACUGAUACAAAAAAUAUAUUUACCAUUGCUCUUAAUUGUGAUGUAUUCUCUAUGUUCUAUUCCGAGUGUCAAAAUGACCUUUAAACUUUUGUUUAAAAAUAGUUUUUUUGGAAUUCUGUUGAAAGGCAUGUUUAAAAAUAAUUUUCAAUAUUGUGUCAUUAGCCAUUGACUGCUUGAUAUUAGUAACGCCUUAUUUAUUGUCAAACCAUUUGAAUUGUAGGUGUUAAAAAUUAUCUACUGAAGUCUUUUUGGGAUAUCAUUGUGCCAUAUUGUUUUAUUUUAGUUGUUUACAAAAAUGGCUAAUUUAAUUUUUUGUCCAGUUAUGAUUUCAUUGUUUUAUUUUAGUUGUUUACAAAAAUGGCUAAUUUAAUUUUUUGUCCAGUUAUGAUUUCAUUGUUUUUGGUUUAAUUACUUGGCUCAAGUCGAAAAAGAAAAGUGACCUUUAAAUGUAUUGCAUUUAAAUAUUUAUUCUUACAUUGUUCAAGAGGUCUUGCUGGAAGGUACUGUGAGGCAACAGGUCAUUAUGUCACUGAAAUACAGUCUCAAACACCUUUCACAGCAGUUGACCUAGAAGUAUGUCUUCAUGUUGUGUCAACUUGAAACAACUACUAUAACUGUAUGAGCUUGGUUGGAUGAGGAAUUCGGUUAAGACACACACACAGUCAGUAGCAUGCAGGUCAAAUGCAUGGUAUUCACCUUUGAAGGAGUUGGACGAUUAUUCUAAAAUCGUGUUUAAUUGUUUUGUAAUCUGCUGUAAAUAUUAUAGAUUUAACUAUUCCCCCGUCUCUCAAUGUCUUUGUUAAUGAUGCCCUCUUGUAUAUUUUGUUUUAUUUUUAUUAUAUGGUUCUAUUAAUAUAGUAGACAAAGGUCAACACAUGUACAACAUGCUAUUUAUUGUAAAUUAAUUUAACGUCAUCGGUUAACAAUGUUAACGAAGGUCACUGGUAACCAUGGGUAAAAAAUGGUCUUGUCAGGUUAGAUUCCCCUUUAUCUCCUUACAAUCUCUUUUUGUAAAAAGUAAGAAAUGAAUUAAAGUGAUGCUCCCAAACGUUUGUAUAAUUUCAACCACUAGUUUUGAAAGUGGUUCUCACGAGCCAAAACGGGUCCCAGUUUUUUGUGUACUACGUCAACCAAUUUUGUACUAUGUCAUCCAUUUUGUAUAUUAUGUUACAUUCUGAUUUUUUAUUUUAUGCAAUUCCUAUGAUAUGUUACGAAUCCAAUUCGUACAAUAUGUUACGAAUUUGUUGUGCUUAAGAUCCUGAACUGCAUCUUUAAAGUAAAGUUCCUAAUGAAUUAUAUAGAAGAGUGUAGUGUUAGUGAGAUGCACUACAUGACCAAAAGUAUGUGGACACCUGUUUGUCGAACAUCUAAUUUCAAAAUCAUGGGCAUUAAUAUGG